UUACAUUCGUACAAAAUGGCUGCUAUGUGAAAAUCAAGCUAAAGUAAAACAAAAAAACGUUUAUAAAAACCUAAAGAAAACACAAAAAAUUAAACUAACUGCGAAAAUAAAAGCAGCUUAAAACAAAUUUAAAUAGAAUAAUAGUGAAAAUUUUGUAAACAAAUAAAAGUGCUCAAAAAAAAACAAAUUAUAAUUAAGCUCAGUGUGCAAAAAAAAAGAAGAAAUGAAAAAUAGCCAAGAUUACCAUAUAAGUAAGUGAUGUUCGAAAAACCUUAAUGCGGUACGCUGGUGACCCUCAAAUAAGCGAAUCUGGCAGCACUAGACAGCAUGGUACUCUUAUUACGAAAAAAACAAAAUGGCGAUUUUCGACAAAUGACUUGUGAAUGGAGGACGAAGACGACGUGAAAAAUUUUUUUGUGUGCUGAGUUGGUGAAAAAUUUUUUCAAAACUUUUCAAAUUGAAUUUAAGUGCAUAAAUAUUGAAAAAUAUUGAAAUAUUUUAUAAAAAAAGUGAAUAAUUAAUGUCUGCUAUAAGAAAAACUUGUAUAACCAUUAAAAAAUAUCAUGAGCCAGGAACACAAUGAAUCCUUUAACAGUAUAGGAUCGGAAGAUAAUGAUGAUAACCGCGAUGAACGUAAUGGUUCAGGUAGUGGUAGCGGUAGUUCCUCAGAAUCUGAUUCCGAUUCAGACAGUUCAUCAUCAUCUUCAAAUUCCAGUGACGGACACACAUCACCUGAACCACCCGAUCGAGAAGAAGAAGAUAAUGAUGAUGAUAAUAAUGAUGAAAAUGCCAGAGAUGGUCAUCUACAGCAACAGCACGAAAGAGAACAAGAAAAUCAUUAUGCUACACAAACAAAACAAAAUACAGAAGCUGGACUUCCACCAUCAGCCAUGGAUGCACAACAAGAAGAAGAAGAAGAUACAAAGACAAAUGGCUACUCUGAUGAUAAUGAAAGUGGUAGCGACAGUGGUAGCAACUCAGAUUCAAAUUCAUCAAACGAUGAGGAUGAUGAUGAGACGGAGGAGCAGAAAACAAAACAUCACCAGGCUGAAGGCGGUGGCGAGAACGGCAGUGAUUGUGAAGCAAGAAGAGGUGGAGGAGGAGGAGGAGAAGAGCAGCAGCAACACAAUACUACCAAUAACACAACCGCAACAUCUGCCACCACAGAUAAUAAUACCUCACAUACAACCAAUGAUGAAGAUUCCCACGAUUCAAAUGAUGACGAUGAUUCCAAUAGUGACGAAGAAAAACAUCAUACUAAAGAAACGACGACGACGGCGCCUCCUGCGACGACGUUUGAAUCCAUGAAAAAUCACAGUGAUUCGGAUGAUGAUGCAUCUGAUUCAGCAGGAUCUUCAAAAUCAUCUAAUUCUUCUGCUCAUUCCGCCUCGGAAUCGGGCAGCAGCAGCAGUAGUGAAGAUACUGAAGAAGAUUAUCAACCUAAACGAUCGUCUGCUCGACAAACUCGUAAGCCAGCACCUGCCGAAAGAGUCAAGAAACCAGUGAAAAAGAAGAAGAAAAAACAAAAUUGGGAUUCGGAGGGUAGUGAUGAGAGUGAGGGCGAUAGUGAAGAUUCAACGCCGCCAAGACGUAAACCACCUGCCUCAAAACAAAGUAAACAACAAAAACGUAGUAAAAAAUCCACCACCUCUGAUGAUAGUAAUGAUGAAAAAAGAUUCGGAACUCGUCGGGCAGCGGCUGCAGUAAGCUAUAAGGAAGCUUCGGAAGAUGAUAAAACUGACUCUGAAGAUUUACUAGAAGUGGAAUAUGACGAGAGCCAAGCAGAAGCUGCCGCUCUGGCAGCAGAGGAAGACGAAAAAUGUGAAACCAUUGAACGCAUUUUAGCGAGACGUCAGGGCAAAAAAGGUUGCACCGGCAAUCAAACUACCGUCUAUGCUAUUGAAGAAAGCGGCUGUGAUCCCAAUGAAGGUGUUGAUGAAAAUGAUUAUGAAAAUACCGAAGUACAAUAUCUAAUCAAAUGGAAGGGCUGGUCUUACAUACACAACACCUGGGAAUCCGAAACAACACUUAAAGAACAAAAAGUCAAAGGCAUGAAAAAAUUGGAUAAUUUCAUUAAAAAAGAACAGGAAAAAGAAUACUGGAGACGUCAUGCUGGUCCCGAAGACAUUGACUACUACGAGUGUCAAUUGGAAUUACAAAAUGAUUUAAUUAAGUCGUACAAUAGUGUUGAUCGCAUCAUAUCACGCAAUGAAAAACCUGAAGGUGACAGCGAAUACCUGUGCAAAUGGCAAUCACUGCCCUAUGCCGAAGCCACUUGGGAAGAUGCCAACUUAGUGUUGCGCAAAUGGCAACACUGUGUUGAUCAUUUCAAUGAACGUGAAAAUUCCAAAUGUACACCUUCACGUCAUUGUAAAGUUCUCAAAUAUCGUCCAAAGUUUUAUAAAAUAAAAGUACAACCCGAUUUCCUACAAGAAGGUUUAACGCUACGUGACUACCAAAUGGAUGGUUUAAAUUGGCUUUUACAUUCGUGGUGUCGAGAAAAUUCCGUAAUUCUAGCCGAUGAAAUGGGUUUAGGUAAAACCAUACAAACUAUAUGCUUUUUAUAUGCUCUAUUUAAAUUGCAUCAUCUAUACGGUCCAUUCCUGUGUGUGGUGCCACUCUCAACAAUGACUGCUUGGCAGCGUGAAUUUGAGCUAUGGGCUCCCGAUAUGAAUGUGGUGACAUAUUUAGGUGAUGUUAAAUCACGUGAAAUGAUACGUCAAUAUGAAUGGACAUUUGAUGGUUCGAAAAGACUGAAAUUUAAUUGCAUUCUCACAACAUAUGAGAUUGUGUUAAAGGAUAAAUUAUUUCUGGGUACAUUGCAAUGGGCAGCAUUGCUUGUCGAUGAGGCUCAUCGUUUGAAAAACGAUGAUUCUCUACUUUAUAAAUCGCUCAAAGAGUUUGAAACAAAUCAUAGAUUACUUAUUACGGGUACACCUCUACAAAAUUCCCUCAAAGAACUUUGGGCUCUCCUCCAUUUUAUAAUGCCUGAAAAAUUCCUUACAUGGGAGGACUUUGAAGUUGAACACGGUAAUGCCGCCGACAAAGGCUACACUAAACUCCAUCAACAAUUGGAGCCCUAUAUCUUGAGACGUGUUAAAAAAGAUGUCGAAAAAUCUCUCCCAGCCAAAGUUGAACAAAUAUUGCGCGUUGAAAUGACGGCGUUGCAAAAACAAUACUACAAAUGGAUACUCACAAAGAACUUUGAUGCCUUGCGUAAGGGCAAAAAAGGUUCUACCUCAACCUUCUUGAAUAUUGUCAUAGAAUUAAAGAAAUGUUGUAAUCAUGCCGCCCUUAUAAGACCUUCAGAAUUUGAACUAAUGGGUUUACAACAGGAUGAAGCUCUACAAACCCUACUGAGAGGCUCGGGUAAACUUGUGCUUUUGGAUAAGUUGCUGUGUCGUCUUAAGGAAACUGGCCACAGGGUAUUGAUCUUUUCUCAAAUGGUACGCAUGUUAGACAUAUUGGCGGACUAUUUACAAAAGCGUCACUUUUCAUUCCAACGUUUGGAUGGCAGCAUUAAGGGUGAAAUACGUAGACAAGCUUUAGAUCAUUUCAAUGCUGAAGGUUCUCAAGAUUUCUGUUUCCUUUUAUCGACGAGAGCUGGUGGUUUGGGUAUUAAUUUGGCUACCGCCGAUACUGUGAUCAUUUUCGAUUCAGAUUGGAAUCCUCAAAACGAUCUACAGGCUCAAGCCCGAGCGCAUCGUAUAGGUCAAAAAAAUCAAGUGAAUAUCUAUCGUUUGGUAACAGCCCGCUCAGUAGAAGAACAGAUUGUGGAGAGAGCUAAACAGAAAAUGGUCUUAGAUCAUUUGGUUAUACAACGUAUGGACACCACAGGGCGCACUGUAUUGGAUAGAGGAAGUUCAGGUUCUUCCAACAACACUCCCUUCAAUAAGGAUGAUCUCUCGGCUAUAUUGAAAUUUGGUGCUGAAGAAUUGUUUAAGGAUGAGCAGGAAAAUGAUGAGGAAUUAGUAUGUGAUAUAGAUGAGAUACUGCGUCGAGCUGAAACACGCAAUGAGGAUCCCGAAAUGCCGGGCGAUGAUUUGCUAUCUGCAUUUAAAGUGGCCAGUAUAGCUGCAUUUGAGGAAGAGCCCGACACCUCCACCAAGGAUAAUGAAAAUCAGGCCAUAGAGGAAGAUACGAAAGAUUGGGAUGAUAUUAUACCCGAAGAUUUUCGUAGAGUUGUGGAAAAUGAAGAAAAAGCCAAGGAAAUGGAGGAUUUGUAUUUGCCACCGCGCAGAAAAACAGCAGCAAACAGCCAAAACGAUACACCCAGUAGAAGAGGUGGUAAAAAGGGUCAAGCCGAUGAUUCAAAUGACUCCGAUUAUGACUUGGGCUCGGAUGCCAGUAAUGAUGGCGAUGGCAAGUCGAAAUCCAAACGUGGUAGACCAGCAAUGAAAGAAAAAAUUCAUGGUUUUACUGAUACCGAAAUUAGACGUUUUAUUAAAUCCUACAAAAAAUUCCCUGCUCCCCUGGAACGCCUAGAAGCUAUAGCUUGUGAUGCUGAGUUGCAAGAGAAACCUUUAGCUGAACUCAAACGUAUUGGCGAAAUGCUACACGACCGCUGUGUACAAUUUUUGGAAGAACAUAAGGACGAAUUGGCUGGUAAUGCAGCCGCUAAUAAGAAGGCAACUGAGGCUUCCGCAACAGCGGCUGGAGAUGAAACUACUUGUAAACAAAAACGUAGUCGAGCUACAUUUUCUGUAAAAUUGGGUGGAGUAUCGUUUAAUGCUAAAACUCUUUUGUCCUGCGAAGAAGAACUUAAACCCUUAAAUGGGGUUAUACCUGGCACCGCAGCUGAAAGACUUAAUUGGUCUCUAAGCAUUAAAACACGACCAGCCAAUUUCGAUGUUGAAUGGGGAGACGAAGAGGACUCUAAACUGCUGUGUGGUAUCUAUCAAUAUGGCAUAGGUUCUUGGGAACAAAUGAAAAUGGAUCCUAGUCUCAAGUUAACAGAAAAAAUCCUGCACAAUGACGAUCGUAAGCCACAAGCGAAACAUUUGCAAUCGAGAGCGGAAUAUCUGCUGAAAAUCAUCAAGAAGAAUAUCGAAACUAAAAAAGGGGCAGAACGCAAACAGCGUAAACCUAGAAAGCCAAGAGAAUCUAAAGCAACCGCCUCCACAGCAUCACAUAAUGCCACACCCGAACGUAAGGCACGUCAUGUUUCUGAGGCGGAGGAAUCAAUGCAAACUGGCGGAGAGUGCCCAACAGCAACUGAGAAAAAGACACGCAAGGAAAGAAAGGAGAGUCAAUCGAAACCUGAGUCAGUUGAUGAUGCCACAUCUAAUGAUGUGGAUGCCACGAAUGUCACAAGUAAGAAAAAACAAAAAGCAGCUAAAGAUAAAGAUCACUCCGCAAAAUCCUCGGCUAAAUCUAAAAAAUCGUCAGGUGCAGACUCCACAAAUAAACCCAUGCAUUUUACGGCGAACAAUGAGCCUAGAGCUUUAGAGGUAUUGGGUGAUUUAGAUCCCAAUAUAUUCAACGAAUGCAAAGAAAAAAUGAGACCAGUUAAGAAGGCCCUCAAAGCAUUAGAUCGUCCCGAUUCUAGCCUUUCUACACAGGAUCAAGUUAAACACACCAGAGAUUGUCUGAUAUCCAUAGGCAGGCAAAUAGACGUUUGUUUAGAAGCCUAUACCAAAGAAGCGGAAAAGAAAGAGUGGCGUUCAAAUCUUUGGUAUUUUGUCUCCAAAUUUACAGAAUUUGACGCUAAAAAACUAUUCAAAAUGUACAAAGUUGCAUCGAAAGAUUCUAAGGAAUCUAGUGUUAAUAAAACUGCCAGUCCCGAAAAGAACUCUAAAGCCUCACUAUCACCUGCUAAGAAAUCCAAGGAUUCCUCCCUAACACAAAAUGGCAAUGAAGAGAGAAAUAAAUCAGUUAAAAAGAAGAAAAAGGAUAAAGAUAAAGACAAAGACAAAGAAAGGGAUAGAGAACGCGAUAAACCAAAAUCAGAAAGAUUUAUGAAAAUUGAUCAGGGCAAUAAUAAACCUCCUAUGAAUAAGCAUAAACUACCCAUGGGUACAGGUGCGGGUAUGACACCGGGUCAUAAUAAUUCACCUAUGAAACGUAAACGUGAUGAUAUGGAUAAUGCAGCUGGAGGUUGUGGUACACCAAUGCAGCAAGGUGGUGAUAUGAAAUCAAUGUCAUAUAAAAGACUGAAUAUGGAAGGUGGUCCGGGAAGAAACCGUGACAAACAACGUCAUCGUGAUGAUUAUUAUGGUGGCGGCAAUAGUCAUGAUGGUUUAAAUACCAGUAGAGGCAGUAAUAGCAGUGAUCGUCGCAAUUCUAUUAACUCACCAUCAACUCCAAAUAAUCGCAUGCAUCCUGGUAAUUCACGUCUACCGCCCGGUACUACAUCAUCACCUUAUAUUGAGGGUGGUUCGGGUAGCAGUGGCGAGCGUUGGAGUCAUAAUCGUGAUCGUUAUGGUAAUUCCGAUUAUAAACGUGAACGUUACGACAGCUAUAACAAUCGUACACCUGGUGGUGGUUAUCAUCGUGACCAUAGAGAUCGUGAUAGGGAUAGACGAGUCGAUAAAAGAAGAUAUCCACCCUCACAUCCGCCUCAGCAUGGUUAUCCAAAUCAUUAUAUGCCUCCGUAUUAUAUGCCGCCAAAUGGUGCAAUACCUCCCGGCAUGGGUGGUCCACACGGCAGUUAUGGUGGUGGCGGUGGUAGAGGCGGAAAUACCGGUGAUCCACGUUAUCAUGGUGAUUGGUCUCGAGAAUAUCCACCCGAAAACUAUCGACGAGGAGGAGGUGGUGGUGGUAAUGCAGCACCACCGCCGGGUGUUAAUAACUCUAAUGCGACAAAUGCCGAAUAUGAACGACGGCCUCCACCACCACAAACAUAAUAGCUAACAAAACAACAUAAGAUGUUUAAUAAAA